UGCGGAUCAGGUUGCGUUCAUCAAAGGAAUUUUUCAACUUGUAAAGAAAAGAAGAAGCUGGAAAGUGAGGUUAGAAAAUUAUAUUUGAUAUUUUAUUUCAAAAUACAUUUUCACUUUCACAUAAACUCCAAAUAAUAAUGUCUUUAGUUGGACGAUUAUUUAGCGGUUUACUCAACACUAGUAAGUUGGGUUUUCGAGCACAACAAAGCUCAAAUUUCCACCUACUCUCGUCUAAAAUGCCUCAAAGUGAAGCUCCUCAAAAAGCCGGAGGUCUAUUUAAUGUGACUACCAGAUCGGUCAUAAGGUGCCACUUUCCAAGACCGUCCGAAAAGAAAAGAGUCAGGAGACACGGUUGGCAAACACGUAUGAGCACUCCAGAGGGUAGAAGGAUUAUCAUGAAUAGGAUUUUGAAAGGUAGAUGGGUCCUUACCCAUUAAAUACCAUAAUUAAGAGAUGUUUGUAGUUGAUAUUUUAUAGAUAAGUUGUUAAAAUAAAUUAUUGGUUUGUAUUUGGGGAA